GGCGGCGGAAAGCGGCGCCGGUGGAGGCCAGGAGCGAACCCGGCUCCGGGCCGGCGGCGGGUCGUCAGCCGCCACCGCGGAGUUGCAGCGCGACAAGCGGCUGGUGUGCGUGGAGUACCCCGGCGUGAUCUAUGCAGAUCCAAGCAGGAGGCUUGAGCUGUACUUCCGCCCCAAAGAUCCCUACUGCCACCCUGUGUGUGCCAACCGCUUCCCGACAUCUUCCAUGCUGCUCAAAGUGAAAAAGAAAACCAGGAGGAAACGGACAGAAGGUGGCGACUUUGAGGAAGAAACAAAGUUUGACGUGGAGAUUCUUGGCAUUGUCGCUACAGUUUAUAAGUUCCAAGGAAUGUCCGAUUUCCAGUAUUUGGCAAUGCACUCUGGACCUGACGGGAAGCAGACAUCAAUGUAUGACAAAGUCCUGAUGCUCAAGCCAGAGAAAGAGGAAUUCUUCAUGAGCGACCUGUCGCUUUAUAUUCCUCCACCCAUUUUCUCACGCCUGGACACACCUGUAGACUAUUACUAUCGCCCAGAAACCCAGCACAGGGAGGGAUAUCAAAACCCUCCUCUGUCUAGCGAGAACCUGAUAGGUCUCAGUAGGGCCCGCCGGCCCCACAAUGCCAUCUUCGUCAACUUUGAAGAUGAAGAGAUCCCGCCCAAGCCCUUGGAUGCAGCAGAGCAGACCUGGAAAAGAGUCUGCAGCAAUACUGUGGAUCACAAAGCAGAGGAAGAGUUGAGAAAGCUAUUUGAGGUCCGUCCUGUCUGGUCUCGUAAUGCCGUGAAAGCCAAUAUCAGCAUUCAUCCUGACAAACUUAAGUUUCUUCUGCCGUAUUUAGCUUAUUACAUGUUAACAGGUCCCUGGAGAAGCCUAUGGGUUCGCUUUGGUUAUGAUCCCAGAAAAUUCCCAGAAGCCAAGAUCUACCAAGUCCUGGAUUUCAGAAUUCGCUGUGGGAUGAAAUACGGGUACGCCCCGAAUGACAUGCCGGUCAAAGCCAAACGCAGCACGUACAACUAUAGCUUGCCCAUCACGGUGAAAAAGCCAGCAAGUCACGCAGUGGGCCUACAGGGCCUGAAACACGGGCUGAGCACAUCCGGGGCACCCAGUGGAAGAAAACCUGCUUUUAGCAAGUACAAACUUAAAGAUUCAAUUUAUAUCUUCCGAGAAGGGUCCUUGCCGCCCUACCGACAGAUGUUCUAUCAGCUCUGCGACUUGAACGUGGAAUGCUUGCAGAAAAUCAUCCGCCGGAACGACGGCAUGGAGACCCUGUGUACCGAGCGAGACGGCUGGUGCCUCCCCAAGACCAGCGACGACUUGCGGGACACCAUGUCUCUGAUGAUAAAGCAGAUCAUCCGCUCCAAGAGGCCAGCUCUGUUCACAAGUACUUCGACCGCAGAAGAGGGCAAAGAGCCGCUGGCAUUUGAGUCCGGAGAGGAGGAGGAGGAAGAGGAGGAGGAAUUCAAGCCUUCCGACGGGAGUGAAAAUGAAAUGGAGACGGAGAUUCUGGACUACGUGUGACGCCGUACGACUGGCGUUGCGGAUGCGGUCCCGGCGAAGACCUUUGCUGCGCUUGUUUUUCCGAGGUUCGCAGGAACGAGCACGCCGGCUCGGUCUGCAGGCCCAAUGCGACGUUUACACAUCCAGGAGUUGUGUUCAGACUCGCAUUCUCUGCCUUCCGGGCGUCGAUUUGGUCAACGCAGAGUUUGUGGCACUUUGCCGUGAGCGGAAAACGUCCCUGAAGAACUUGCGUUUUGUUGCUUCUCUGCUCAACCGCAUCUGCCGACGGGCCUCAUCUUGGUAGUCUUCUGUCUGCCCUUCUCCCAGGUCAUCACGGGCUGCACGUGGAAUCUGGAGCUUUGCAGGCGUCGUCUGAUUCCAGUAUUGACUCAUGCAGACCGGCUCUUUGAAGUGGCUGCCAUUGAAGUGGCACAUGGGAGCUGAUGUCUGUGUGGUACAUCGAAAACUGGCAAAGCGGCAUGGACCAAGUUGUUCCUGGUCUUGUCAAGCCAAAGUGAUUCGGGCUGUGUUUUAUGAAGCCACCCGGAAGCCCCUCUGCUGUCGUUUCAAACGGCAACCGAGAAGCAAAGUGUGAACUCUCUCUUGAACUCCUUAUAAUAAGACCUCUUCUAUUGUUUCCAGUAAUACUGGGUCACUGACUGAAUUCCCCCCCCCUCCCCGCCAGUUACGUGUAAAUAAAUGCACAGACUCGUAUUCCCCAAAA